UGACAAUUGAUGACAACACAAAUUGGAUGAUAUUGUUCGUGACACAAAACAAAUCAAGACAGACAGACAGACAGACAGACACACAUAUAGGACAUUCAAUAAUACAACAUAAUGGAAAUGAGUAUACAAUGUUUAAAAUUAUUCAUAUGUGUAUUGUUAACACAGAAUUUAUUAAAUGUAACGAAUUCUGAGACAUUAUCUACCGCAACUGUCGACGAUGAAGAUCAUAGUCAUACGAAUACGAAUACAGCAGUGCCACAUUCAAGACAAAAACGUUUAUUAUGGGUAACAGAAGAUGGUAGAAUUGCAUUACCACCGGGUACAACGUUAGUUAUAACACCAUCACUAUCAUUACCAUUUAUUCGGUAUCCACCAGAUGGUUUCUUUUCAAAUAUGAGUAUUGCAUUACCAAUUACAAUUGAUUUUAAUAAAUUGGGUUUAACGGAUAAUCAAAAUCCAUAUGGAGUAGUUCCACCAUUAUUGGCCCGAUCAAUGGGUCGUGCAACUGGCAGUCUAUUAGGUAGCUACAUACGAGAACUGUUUUCGAGAAGAAAAAAACGUGAUACAACACCAAUUGAAAUCCCUGAACAAAUUCGUAAUGAAUUACAUGGUGGCGAAAGGGCGUUAUUGUUCACAGUCGUUGAGGACUUGUUAAGUAAUUUUGGUAUGGAUGGAAAGGCUUGUUUAUUGCGAGCUAUUUGUGAGGUUCAUUCACAUCCCUUGCAUAAUUUUGGUUUGUUUGGUGAAGUGUUAAAACUAUUUUUAAGUGCCAGUAAAUCUCCAUACUCCGAUUACUUAACCGAAUAUGUUGAAGCAGAACGAGCAGGUGCUGGCUUUGAUGAUAAGCCCCCUGGUGAAUGUUGGCCAUAUUUAAAACAAUGUCCGAAAUCCUUAUUUAGAAAUUCACAUAAUUUAUAUAGCAAAGAAUCAAAUGAAGUAUUUCACGAAAGCGAAAAUACAAACUCAAUAAUUGAGGAUGAAGACAAUCAAAAUGAAGAAGAUGCCAUACGAUCGUCAAAUGUUAUGCUAAAUGUAAAUAAACCUCCAAACAUGUAAAACAGUGACGAUAAUGACAUAUUUACGAAUUAUAGUGCCAAAAAAAAAACUUCAA